AUGGCGGUCGCAUCGAUACAGGAUCGAACCGCCGAGUUCAAGUCGGUCCUCGCGCAAGCACAACGUCGCCAGGCCUCGAACAAGGUCGGCGCUCAACGACGGUCUCUCCUUACUGACUCUCAGAAGGCUGCUGCCGAUGGCGACUCCCGGCCGCGGCGCUCCGACUUUGCGCGUCAGGCGGCGCAGAUUGGAAGAGGAAUAUCGGCCACGAUGGGCAAACUCGAGAAGCUGGCGACAUUGGCGAGACGCAGGACUUUGUUCGACGACCGGCCGGUCGAGAUCAACGAGCUCACGUACAUUAUCAAGCAAGACCUAAGCGCCCUCAACCAACAGAUUGGAAAUCUGCAGGUUUUGACGAAGCAGCAGCAUCCAAAGGCUGACCAAGAGGGAGAGCACAACAAGAAUGUCGUCUUCAUGCUCCAGGGCAAGCUGACGGACGUCUCGGCCAACUUUAAGGAUGUGCUGGAGGAGCGAACCAAGAACAUCCAGGCCUCAAGAUCCAGGACGGACAACCCACCGUUGCAGCAAUCGGCCUCGCCCUUGUACGGAACUCCUCAGAGAGGUACGCCGUCACCAGGCGCCGAUCUUCUGUCGUUGAAUCCUCCAGGGGACCAGCAGCUUCUGCUCAUGGAGGAGGCUCAACCGCAAAACACAUAUAUCCAAGAGAGAGGUGCGGCUAUUGAAAGCAUCGAAUCAACGAUUGCUGAGUUAGGAUCGAUCUUCGGACAGUUGGCGACCAUGGUGUCCGAGCAGAGUGAGAUGAUCCAGCGAAUCGACGCAAACACGGAGGAUGUUGUCGACAACGUGCAAGGGGCGCAGAGAGAGUUGCUCAAGUACUGGGGUCGUGUCUCGAGUAACAGAUGGCUCAUCGCUGUUAAGACUGAGGCGAAAAUUGGCGUGGCCAAAACCACGAGUAUGAUGGGCGGCGGUUCGGGGAGUCGAGAUCAAGACGGAGACGGGCGUUGA